AGGAGGCUGUUUGUCCAGUUUCGCUGGUUUGACUUUUACCAGUCAGCACAGAGCCGAGUUUGCGGUUCCCAUGCGGAGCUUUUGAAGCUCGUCGAUCCGCAGGGGGUGCUCCCAUGCCGGCCAAGAUGCGCGAGACUUUCCUCCCCCCUCCCCGGAGCGUGUGACUAAGGGGUUCCCACUGCAGAGAGUCACGGCGGGAUUUUUUCCCCUUGGUGUGUCGGUGGGCAAACAUCAAGGAAGCAAGCGGCAGGUGCACCCGGGAGAGGACGGGGCAAGUCAGGAGGAAGGGGCGGAGGAUGAGGGCGGCCCCCGCGGAGAGGAAAUCAACUGGUUGGCUUCUCACAUUAGCAUGCGUGUCGAGUCCCCUAGUCCUGCCUGAGCCGCCGAGUCUCCUUCUGCGCCUGCCGACCGAGUGACUCCUCGGCACGGGGAGAGGACGCGGAGCCGAAGGGACUCCCCGCCCCCCUACCCCGACCCACUACUGCCGUGGGACUCCGUCCUAUCACGGAAGGGAGAAUGAUGGGUUUUUUGCGCCGGACGUUCAGCCGCCGCUCGAGAAGCCGCCUCCAGGCGAGGGAUAGGGACGAGCGGGAUGGUACGGCCGGGGGAGGGUACCCCCUGCUCAUGGCCCACCAGCAGCAGGUCGUCCACGCGCCCGCUGUGGUCACCGGGGGAGUGGCUGUACACAUCCCGGCUGCUGGGAACGCGAGGACCGCCAUCACCUGCCGGGUUCUGCUGUUGGACGGCUCGGAUGUCAGCGUGGAUUUGCCCAGCAAAAGCAAAGGCCAGGACCUUUUUGACCAAAUCAUGUAUCACAUAGAUCUGGUGGAGGCGGAUUACUUUGGGCUGCAGUACAUGGACGCAGACCAAGUUUCACACUGGCUGGAUGUGUCCAAGCAAAUCAAGAAACAAAUCCGAGAUGGUCCGCCAUUUCGACUCUUCUUCCGAGUGAAGUUUUACUCCUCAGAGCCAAAUAACCUGCGUGAGGAAUUCACAAGGUAUCUGUUUGUACUGCAGCUUCGACAGGAUAUUUUGUCUGGCAAAUUGAAAAGUCCAUAUGAUGUCUCAGUAGAACUGGCCGCCUAUUGUUUGCAAAGUGAGCUGGGAGACUGCGAUCCCUUGGAUCACUCUCCCGUGCUGGUGUCGGAGUUCCGCUUCACUCCGAAGCAGAGCGAGGCCAUGGAGGCUGACAUCUUCACCAGGUGGCUGGAUCUCAGGGGCAAGAGUCCGUCACAAGCCGAAAUCUCCUUUCUCAACAAAUGCAAGUGGCUGGAGCUUUACGGUGUAGAUAUGCACUUUGUUAAGGGAAGAGACGGUUGUGACUACGCGCUGGGUCUCACUCCUACUGGCAUCCUGGUGUUUGAGGGUUCCCACAAAAUCGGGCUCUUCUUUUGGCCCAAAAUCACACGUCUGGACUUCAAAAAGAGUCGACUCACUCUGGUGGUCGUGGAAGAUGAUGAGCAGGGCCGCGAGCAGGAGCACACGUUUGUGUUCCAGCUGGCCAGCGCCAAGAGCUGCAAGCAUGUGUGGAAGUGCGCCGUGGAGAGCCACGCCUUUUUCCGGUUACGCCAGCCAACCACGGGCAAGCCAGGCCGCAGCGACUUCACGCGACUCGGCUCUCGCUUCAGAUUCAGCGGUAAAACGGAGUACCAGGCGACUCACGGAAGCCGGCUAAGGAGAGCCAGCACGUUUGAGAGACGGCCAAGCAAACGAUACCCCUCCCGCACACAGUCACUGGGCAAAGUUGCUGCCAUUUCUCCAGCCAAGCCGCCACACAUCAGCCCUGAUCCCAGCCUUCAUGCAUACCAACACAACAUCCCGGUGGCGGGUCACGAGGCAUGGCGCCUGGCCCACCCCGCAUACACGCCCUCCGUUUACCUGCAGCCCUCCGGACACACGGCGCCGCACAGCUUCCCUCUGAGCGGUCCCGCCUCCGACCAUCAGCUCAGUGUGGAAGAGAACGAGACGUCAUAUUCCGGAAAGGUCAAUCGCCGUCACCGCCGCCACACGCACAGCCAGGACACGCUCUGCCACACACACAACAAAAUCAAGUGUCGAGCAUCACCUUGUCUCGGAGGGGAAUUGGACAUGUCUCCUUCUUUCCGCAAGGCCGUGGAGUCAGACAGCGAGUGUCCUGCGUGGCCCUCGCUCUGCAUCAACAUAGACAACAAGGGAGAAGAGAAGCAGCUCUCGGAAAAGUCUCUCCACCCCUCUACCGCCUCCUCCCCGGCCCUGCUUCCAGACCACCUCAAGUGUAACAUUCUUAAGGCCCAGAUGGAGGCGGCUUUCAGGGAUGGUCCACUCAGUCCAAGAGCGAAGAACUCAGAUAUGCCGCUCACGGACAGGUACCAGAGCUCCUCUCAAGACUCAUCAGCGUCCAGUUUGCCUGCAGACAAAAUGUUGCAGAGACCGGAUGUCCGUUUUGCGUCCGAGAGUCUCCAUUCUAAGUCCGGCCUGAGCACCAACCGCAGGAAACGUCUCGUCAGACAGUUCAGCUUUAACCAUGAGGAUGAAGACAACCUUCCAGAAGCUCUUGCAGCCAUCUCCUGUGAGAGCACAGCCAAGUCGGGCUCCAGUAGUUCACUGGACAAACAGAUCCAGCCCUCCAUUUACCCACAGGUGGACAAUGUGCCAGCACUGGAAGUGGCUAGUUCAUGCUGUGUGUCCCCUUUGCCUUCUCCCCACCUCUCUCCUUCGUGCUACUGUAGUCCCCUCCCUCACUUGGUCCCUUAUCUCGCGGCCCAUCACGACAGUGGAGAGGACGUGAGGGCGGACAGAGAGAAGCUCCUGAGAGCCCUCUUGAUGACCGAGCUCUGAGAGCGCGCCACUUGACGCCCUGACAUGGAAGAGGAAGACUGAAAGGCGUCGGCUGCACUCCUCAUUUUUGUGUAUUUUAGUUCAUUUAAUUUUAUGUUAUAUUUGCUGAAGAAGGCUCACUUUCUACUCCAACAGACACAAUAGACGAUAUAUAAACUUUCAGAUGGAAUCCGAAGUGGCUUAAAGCAACAAAUGGGACUGGAACUGCCUGCAUUAGAACAACUGUACACAACAAAGGGUCUUUUAUCUUGACUUUUAUCGCAAAUUUUUCAACAACUUGAAUGUACUUCACUUAUUCUAAGGGAAUAACACCUCAGUUCUUUCUGAGGCAGGAGAUGGAAGUUUGAUCAAACAUACAUUAUGUAUUCAGUUCAACCUUUGUCUUCUGUGUAUGCUCUAUGGACAAAAAUAUUGGGACACCCGGUUAUUACAUCUCUAUCUCAGUUCUAGUUCAUCCCAAUAUCCAUCCAUCCAUUUUCCGAUCAGAUUUAUCCUCACAAGGGUCGCGGGGGGUGCUGGAGCCUAUCCCAGCUGUCUUCGGGCAGUAGGGGACACCCUG